AUGGGCAAAGUCAGCUCUAUGUUCAGGAAUCUUUCAUCAAUCCCAUCCCACUUCGUUCCCAUGGCAUCCCUUCCUACCGGCAUUGAACCGUGGAGGAUACCAGUUCCCGACGGUAUCAACUUGUGGAUCAAACGAGACGAUAAGAGCGGCAUGGGGCUGAGCGGGAACAAAGUGAGAAAGCUCGAGUUUCUCAUGGCAGAGGCUCUUGCUCGCGGAUGUGAUUGCGUUGUCACCAUUGGAGGUGUCCAGUCGAAUCAUUGCAGAGCAACUGCUGUUGCAGCGAAGAAGCUGGGAUUAGAAAGCUAUCUCAUAUUGCGGCAAACUGAUGCUGAACUGCAACAAAAAAUCGAUCCUGGUAAAUGCCUUCGUAUUCCCAGCAAAUCGUUCACAUUCCAGCCAGGGUUGACCGGCAAUCUGAUGAUUUCAAGGAUGGUUGGAGCCAAUCUUGUAAUGGUAUCAAAGUCAGAAUAUGCCAGGUUCGGUCAGAAAGUGCUUCUCAACAACCUGAUAGAGCAACUGGAGCAGGAGGGGAAAAAGCCAUAUGGUAUUGCUGUUGGUGGUUCUGUACCCCUCGGAGCGUGGGGUUACAUCAAGUUUGUUCAGGAGCUACAGGAGCAGGUCAUUUGCGAUCUUCUCUGA